AUGGGCGCCGAGGCAGCGAAUGAUGAGAAAGAGAAGCGUGUCGGCUUUAAGGAGGACGAGGACGCCCAUUCGAGCGGGAGCGAUGACGACUAUCAGAAGGCCGUUGAGGUCACGUUCGACCCUGGCAAUCCUUACCGCCGCAAAAGCUCACUGGUGACAUCUGACAUUGGUCGGCCUCUCCCGCGCCACCCAAGCAGAAGAACUGAGUGCAUUGUCCACCAGUUUCUCGAAAGCCAGAGGAAGGCCCGCGACGCCGUCGCCUCCGCCAGCAACCAUGGAUCCAGAUCCAACUCAGCCUCGAGCACUUCCAAGGCGAAUGAUCACUACCACCACGGCCAUCCCACUUACGAGAGCCCUAGCCGACAAGUUAGCGUCAAGGAUGUGUCUGGAGAAACGUGCAUCUCCAAACCGGUCGAUCCGAAGGGCCACGCCACCAAGCAGAGAGCCUCCAUUCUGGCAACAGACAGCCCGGAAGACAGCGACAUCGGCCAGGCUGACGAGAAGUCCUGGCGAACCGAAAUCACCAAGUCUGCUUCGCAAAUAGACCUGACGCAGUCGGACGACGAGGACGAACUACAUAGCCGACUACUCACCAAGAAGCAGUUAAGCGAAAUGGCUUGGGGAGUUCGCGAGCUCAGCAGACGCCUCAGUAGCAUGCGCAUCAGGUUCCGCGUCAAGACCAUCUUCCUCUUGACCAAAAUACACGAUGCGGACUUGAUCAUUCGGACCCGGGAAUUGACCAAGUGGCUUCUUUCACUUGACCGAGAAGUUGAUUACACCGUCUACUUGGAGGAAAAGUUCAAGGAAAACAAAAGGUUCAACGCGCCGGGCAUGAUCGAAGAGCUUAGCAAAGAAGCUCUUGAUGCCGGACAACCGCAAACCAAGGCCAAUCACGAUGCCAUCUCCAAGCGUCUGAGGUACUGGGACGAAGACAUGUGCCGCAACCGGCCCCAUAUGUUCGACUUCGUCAUUACCUUAGGCGGCGACGGUACUGUGCUCUAUGCCAGCUGGCUCUUCCAGCGCAUCGUUCCACCAGUCCUGAGCUUCUCGCUCGGCAGUCUCGGAUUCCUGACAAAAUUCGACUUCGAGGAGCACCGCACCAUUCUCGAAAGCGCAUUCAACAAAGGCGUCACAGUGAGCCUGCGUCUGCGCUUCGAGGGAACGAUCAUGAGAAGUCAACAAAGGAAAAAGCUGGCGAACAUCGAAGACAGCAGCUCCAGCCAGGAUGAAGAUGGACCGAAGCCUGACCUUGUCGAAGAACUUGUAGGCGAGGAGAGAGAGGACGAGCAUACGCACAAGCCAGAUGGGACUUUUGAGAUUCUGAAUGAAAUCGUCGUGGACCGCGGUCCCAAUCCGACAAUGUCCUAUACGGAAAUAUUUGGUGACGAUGAGCACUUCACCUCCGUCUUGGCAGAUGGAAUUUGUGUUUCGACUCCGACGGGUUCAACCGCCUACAACCUGGCAGCUGGUGGCUCCCUCUGCCACCCCGAGAACCCAGUUAUGCUCGUCACCGCCAUCUGCGCCCAUACACUCUCCUUCCGCCCAAUUAUUCUACCAGACACUAUUGUCCUUCGUAUAGGCGUGCCCUACGAUGCAAGGACCAACUCUUGGGCCAGCUUUGACGGCCGCGAGCGUAUAGAGCUGUUCCCUGGGGACUACGUUACCAUCAGCGCCAGUCGGUAUCCCUUUGCAAGUGUUCAAGCCCAAGGCCGGCGAAGCGAGGACUGGGUCAAUAGCAUUAGCGGCAAGCUAGGCUGGAAUACCCGCCAGAAGCAAAAGGGGUACACGGAAUGGGAUAAAUAA